AUUGAGAAGAAAUUACGAACACGGUUGCUUUCAGUCGCGAUCCAAUGAUUAGAUCUUUGCUGCUCCUUGCAGUGCUGCCUCGUUCGUUUUCUUUGUUGUCUAGUCAAUCCAGGUGGACCAGUGGGUUUGCUCCAUCUCUGGUAAUUCUUUCCUCCGUGAACGCCAAUCAAGAACACAGUAACAUGGAGUACUACCGAAAGGACGGUGUGCGAAUGGAUUUUGAUCCGUACGCGAAGGGGAUGGCGGAAAAAUAUGGAUUGCCGGGAUCGACAGAUCCCGACGGCUUCGAUCCAUACGCCGACACCGUGGGGCCGGGAAUUUAUGGAGGCUCCGUAAAGAGAGAUACAGAGGGGAAUAUCGUAAUCGGACAACAGUACCAAAACCACAACAAUCGCCCCGGCCCUGUUUACGAUGGCAAAGGUUACUCGUUCAUGGGUCGAGCUAUUCAUGCCGGACCAGAAAAGGUGGCAGAGAUCCUGGCAGAUUAUCCAGAACUAAGGGAAGAAAUCACCACCGGCGGUGCGCGGCCGCUACACAUGUGCGGCAUGUCUGCUAAAGGCCAGCUUUCUACCCAGGUGCUCAUCGAUGCCAAGGCAGAUAUCUACUCUCAGGAUACCUACGGAUAUACUGCACUCCACCGAAUGGCCAGCAACAACCUUGCAAUCGGUGGCGAAGCCCUGGUGAAAGCAGGACAUGAUCCAAACAUGCGAAUGGAGGGAGCCGAUAGCACGCCGAUAGAAAUAGCAAGAAGAUCUCGCGCGAUUCAAUUCUUGAUGAAAAUGCAGGAGCUGGGCCAUUACGAUUAAUCUAGGUGAAGCAGACACGAAUUGCAUGUGGAUAAAAAGAAUGAAAGUUU